CCGGCCUGCAUGGCAGGACUCAGAGCGCUUCGACUCAUCCUCGGUCCAAGAUAGUAGGCGUGACAAAAUAUCUCUUAGAAGUCAGACAUGUACGGAACUGCAUGUUAAAAGCGUCAUAUUGACGCUGUUGCAAGCUCCAAGGGGAUCACUAAUCUCUAUAUCAUUACGUUGAGAUCCAUACACCUAUGAUCUGUUGUGAAUCCUGUACAACGCACUGUGUUGGACAGCGUUCAAGUCACUGUCCAAAAGUUGGAUUCUUUGAGUCUGCCCUCUAAUAGCUAAAAUAAUGUCGAGGGCCUAGAGAGCGAGAUACAGGCCCCCACUCAGAUGCAAUAUGUGAUGCUUGAACUCGGGUUGAACUCCAUCCGAAUGUCUCGGCAGCAUUUCAAGGGAAAAGUCUCAGAGGCAGAAGCAUCGAGCAGCCAGCGCCUUUAUUUAGCCCCUCAGGUCGGAGCUUACACACAGGCGCCCCUUUUGACCCGUCAUCCAAGUGGUUGAGUCCCUUCUCAACGCGCCAGCGUGCCGAUCUCUGGAAAAGUGAGUGGAAAGGCCAAUCUUCGUGCUCUCGCCUCUGGUAAACUACUCUGCUUUUGCCUGUGCCAACGGUGGGCGAGCCGGUCUCAUGGCUUCCGGAGAUCGCUAUUCCGGGGGCUGCGGUUGCGGUACCGUGAAGAUCGCGGUGGACCGCAGCGCAGAACCAAUGGUUCAGCUUUGGUGCCACUGCUCCGAUUGCCGCGUAUACUACAAGUUGCCCAUUGUCCCCCUGGUGUUGUGGCAAGAGGGCCUCGGCAGCGUCUUCCAGAUCGUGCAAGGAGAAGACAAGCUGGCUAAAACGCUUAUGGACAGCUCCGGAAAGACGCAGCGCUAUUUUUGCAGGGAAUGCGGCGAGCCUGUCUACAGCAUAGUUGGCGGCAACAUUCUGGCCACGCGACCCACGCCGAUCCUUGACUUCCCGUUCAAGCCACAGUUGCACCUCUACUAUAAGGAGAGGAAGAUGCAGCUCCACGACGGACUCCCCAAGUACUCCGACAUGCCGGCAUCGUCGGGGGGCUCAGAUAAGAAGCUCUCCGAGACCGGCGAGCCCUUGUAAUAGGCUCUGCUUCAGCGAUCGAAAAGGUCAGCGCCUUCUCUUCAGUACGAGCGUACUGAUGUGCGGGUAGUUGAGAAACCCAAGUGCUUUUGGCAACAACCGUAUUGCGCGUAUUCGUAGCCGUGCUCAAGUCAUUCUUUUCGUCUUUCAAGCGUGAGCUUGCUCAAGUAUUCCGACUUACCAUUUCAAGUCAGAGUUGGACUCUUUUGAGAGUAUGACAUCAAGCGAUAUACACCUCUUGCUGCGGUACACAUCUGCCGUCGACAGCCGCUCUGCUGUUGUUUCAUGUCAACUCUGAGAAUGCUCGGAAUCCUUCAAGGAGACGUACGCCCCC